UCGGGGAGCUGUAUCGUAUUCGCCCGAGAUGUUGGAUUUGGAGGUAGUUCCAGAAAGAUCUCUAGGAAAUGAACAAUGGGAAUUCACCCUGGGUAUGCCAUUUAUGCAAGCAGUUAAUAUUCUUAAGAGACAGUGUCGAAUUAUCAAGAAUGUACAAGUUGUAUAUAGCGAAUCAUCACCUUUAUCAGUGGAUCUAGUCCUUAAUUUAUCUCAGGAUGGUAUAAGAUUACUAUUUGAUCCUGUUGUACAAAGACUUAAAAUUAUUGAAGUAUAUAAUCUUAGUAAAGUAAAAUUGAAAUAUUGUGGUGUUCAUUUUAAUUCUCCGCAAGUAGUUGCAUCAAUAGAACAAAUUGAUGUCUCAUUUGGAGCCACACACCCUGGAGUAUAUGAUUCUGCUCAUCAGCUUUUUAUUCUCAACUUUCGAGGCCUUUCUUUUUCUUUUCCCAUUGAUUCCAAAUUUGAGCCUCACUAUACACAUGGUUUUUUAAGUUCAUUGCAAUUUCCUAAUGGUGCCUCACCUGUAGUAUCACGUAUGUGUAUUUACACUGGUAAUAGUUUAACUGAUACAAAGCCACCACCAAUGCCUUUGAAUUGUUUCCAUGGCAAUGUGUAUACUGAAUCUGUUAUGGUUUUGUUUAACCAUGAUACAUGUGUACCAGAAGGGCUGAAAUUUAUUCUAGUAACAGAAGGUUCAGGACCAGGAAAGAUAUCAGAACAGAGGAGACGAAUAUUAGAGAGAGAAGUUAGAUUUGGUGAUAGUUGUCAAAGUAUAUUAUCGGCGAUAGGAUCUCCUAGUAAAGUAUUUUAUAAAUCAGAAGAUAAAAUGAAAAUUGAUAUUCUCUUUGAUGCUGGGACGCACAAAUUAAAGAAGUUUAUCCUACAUACCAAUUAUCCUGGACAUUAUAACUUUAACAUGUAUUACCGAUGUGACUGUCGCAUCCCUAUUCCAGUAAUAAAAGGCUCAAAAGCAAUGGAGGCUGAUGAACCAUUGGUGUUAACAUCUUUCACCAAGUGGGAUCAAGUACAGGAGUUACUUCUGACGCCAUCUCAUAAACCAGUUGUACUAAAUAGAGCAUCGUCCACUAACUCUACAAAUCCAUUUGGUUCAACAUUCUGCUAUGGUGUUAAUCAUAUGAUUAUUGAGGUGAUGCCGAAUAACCACAUAGCAUCAGUGACUCUUUAUAUGCCAUCAACAGAUGCAGUUUAAUGUUCCGCCACAAAUAUGAUGUUGUAACCCUGUCAUUGCACAGCAACACAACACUUCUGGUGUUGUAUGUAUUGCACUGUUCAUAUCAGACAGCAUCAGCAGUAGUUAUUUAUCAAAUUUCACCAUUAAGGGUUAAAAGGCCACACUAUUGUUUGAAUUUGAUUGCAAUUCUGAAUUGCCUGCUACCAUGUGAGUGGGUUUUAAAUUGAAAUAUUUUUAAAAAUCUCUACUUGUUACACUUUUCUCAUUUACAGCUUGAAUGUUGCACUAAAUUACAAAUUCAGACACCAAGCUGAAAGUAGAAGGAUGCUAAAUAACUAAUAGUUUGAGCUCAGACAAGACUAAGUAUUAGUAAUUACACAAUGUGUCGUGAAACUGGGUUGUCAUAUCAGUGUUAAAUGAAAUAAAUUUGUUGAAUUGCUGAGUAU